GGCAGCGGCGACCGCAAGGGGAGGGGGAGUCCCGUCUGACUGAGACGGCAGGCCUGGGCGGGCGGGGGUGCCGCGCAGGGCGGAGCGCCGGGCUAGGGAUGAGCUAAGCUGGCUCCGAUCGUCGCGGCGUUCAGCCCCUCGUGUCCCGCCGCCGCGCGUUAGAGGACCCGGCGCCAGUCUCCAAGCUCGACCCGCUGAUUGCGCUGGAGACAGCGGCGAGAGUUAGCAUAGGUAAUAGACGCUUCACUACUUUGGCCCAAUGGAGAGAUAGAAGAACUAAAAAGGAAUCAAAAUUCAUUGGACAGAUUGAAAGAGAAAAAAAAUCAGUCUUAUUAUUUGCUGAAUGGAUGUGACCUUCUGUAAUGGAAGAUGAUUGAAGAUAAGGGGCCUCGUGUUGCUGACUACUUUGUUGUGGCAGGAUUGACUGAUGUUUCAAAGCCUCUUGAAGAAGAAAUUCACUUCAAUGAUGCAUGUCAUAAAGUAGCUAAACCUAAAGAACCUAUCACAGAUGUUUCAGUUAUUAUUAAAUCUCUUGGGGAGGAAGUACCACGGGAUUAUAUGUGUAUUGACGUUACCCCAACUGGACUAUCAGCUGAUCUCAAUAAUGGAAGUCUUGUGGGACCACAGAUUUACCUUUGCUACAGAAGAGGAAGAGAUAAGCCUCCACUUACAGAUCUGGGGGUUUUAUAUGACUGGAAAGAAAGAUUGAAGCAGGGCUGUGAAAUUAUUCAGAGUACUCCCUAUGGACGCCCAGCAAAUAUUAGUGGUAAUACCUCAUCACAAAGAAUUUAUAUCACCUACCGUAGAGCCUCUGAAAACAUGACUCAGAAUACAUUGGCUGUCACAGACAUAUGCAUUAUUAUACCCAGUAAAGGAGAAAGCCCCCCACAUACAUUCUGCAAAGUUGACAAGAAUCUCAAUAACAGUAUGUGGGGAUCAGCAGUGUAUUUAUGUUAUAAAAAAUCUGUGGCAAAGACUAACACUAUAUCUUACAAAGCUGGUCUAAUUUGUCGAUAUCCUCAAGAAGAUUAUGAGUCAUUCUCACUCCCAGAAUCUGUCCCCCUGUUUUGUUUACCAAUGGGUGCAACUAUUGAAUGUUGGCCACCCAAUAGCAAAUAUCCUCUUCCUGUAUUUUCUACUUUUGUGUUAACUGGAGCCUCAGCUGAAAAGGUCUAUGGUGCUGCUAUUCAGUUUUAUGAACCAUAUUCUGAGGAGAACCUCACAGAAAAACAGAGACUUCUUUUGGGUCUAGCAUCACCAACGGAUGGGAAGUCUGAUAGUUCCAAAACAAUUCACACUAAUAAAUGCAUCUGUCUUCUUUCUCACUGGCCUUUUUUUGAUGCAUUCAGGAAGUUUCUGACUUUUCUGUAUCGUUAUUCCAUCUCUGGACCUCAUGUUCUUCCAAUAGAGAAGCAUAUUUCUCAUUUUAUGCAUAAAGUUCCUUUUCCAUCUCCUCAGAGACCACGGAUUUUAGUUCAGUUAUCACCACAUGAUAAUCUGAUUCUCAGUCAACCUGUUUCUUCACCUCUUCCACUAAGUGGUGGCAAGUUUUCAACACUACUUCAGAAUUUAGGCCCUGAAAAUGCUGUGACGUUAUUGGUGUUUGCAGUAACAGAACAUAAGAUUCUCAUCCAUUCCUUACGGCCUUCUGUGCUUACUAGUGUGACAGAAGCAUUAGUGUCUAUGAUUUUCCCUUUCCACUGGCCAUGCCCGUAUGUUCCUCUCUGCCCACUGGCUUUAGCAGACGUCUUGAGUGCACCAUGUCCAUUCAUAGUAGGAAUUGAUUCGAGAUAUUUCGAUCUCUAUGACCCUCCACCGGAUGUUAGUUGUGUUGACCUAGAUACCAACACCAUUUCUCAAACUGGUGACAAGAAAAAUGUAGCCUGGAAGAUACUUCCAAAGAAGCCAUGUAAAAAUCUGAUGAACACACUGAAUACUCUUCACCAGCAGUUGGCAAAAUUGCAGCAGAGACCAAGAGAUGAUGGACUAAUGGACUUAGCAAUGAAUGACUAUGACUUUAAUUCUGGAAAGAGGUUGCACAUGAUAGAUUUGGAAAUCCAAGAGGCAUUUUUGUUUUUCAUGGCCUCUAUUUUAAAAGGUUAUAGAUCAUACUUAAGACCAAUAACACAAGCACCAUCUGAGACAGCCACAGAUGCUAGUUCUCUUUUUGCCCUACAAGCUUUCUUAAGAAGUCGGGACCGCUCACAUCAAAAAUUCUAUAACUUGAUGACCAAAACACAAAUGUUUAUUCGCUUCAUUGAGGAAUGUUCUUUUGUCAGUGAUAAAGAUGCAAGUCUGGCGUUUUUUGAUGAUUGUGUAGAUAAAGUGGAUAUAGACAAGAAUAGUGAAGUGCGACUUAUAGAACUGGAUGAAUCUUUCAAAAGUGAACAUACUGUUUUUGUAACACCACCUGAGAUCCCCCACCUACCCAAUGGUGAAGAACCCCCAUUGCAGUACAGCUAUAAUGGAUUUCCAGUUCUUAGGAACAAUUUAUUUGAAAGACCUGAAGGAUUUCUACAACCACGAAAGAGUAAAUUGCCUUCAAAAUCAAGUAGUCCCAGUAGCCCUUCUCCCAUGUUCAGAAGAACAAAACAGGAAAUUAAAUCAGCCCAUAAAAUUGCCAAGAGGUAUUCUUCCAUCCCUCAAAUGUGGUCUAGGUGUCUACUACGUCACUGUUAUGGACUGUGGUUUAUUUGUCUCCCAGCUUAUGUGAAAGUAUGUCAUUCAAAAGUAAGGGCGCUGAAAACAGCAUAUGAUGUGCUCAAAAAAAUGCAGUCAAAGAAGAUGGAUCCACCUGAUGAGGUGUGCUACCGCAUUCUGAUGCAGCUCUGUGGACAGUAUGACCAGCCAGUGCUUGCAGUGCGAGUCCUUUUUGAAAUGCAGAAAGCUGGUAUUGACCCCAAUGCCAUUACGUAUGGCUAUUACAAUAAGGCUGUUUUGGAAAGUACCUGGCCUUCAAGAAGUCGUAGUGGCUAUUUUCUUUGGACAAAAGUAAGAAAUGUUGUUUUAGGAGUAGCACAAUUCAAAAGAGCUCUAAAGAAACAUGCACACUUAUCACAAACAACUCUCUCAGCAGAUGGCAGUGACCUGGAUGCUGUUAGUCAUGGCAGCAUGGAUAGUGGUCAUGGGACACACACUGUGGAACAGGCACCUUUUAAUACAGGUUUAAGCAAAGUAUAUGCCACUGAUGAUAGAUCUAGUACAGGUGGCCAAUCUGAUCUUGGAUAUAAUUCCUUAUCUAAGGAUGAAGUUAGAAGAGGGGAUACAUCUGCUGAGGACAUUCAAGAAGAAAAAGAUAAGAAAGGGAGUGAUUCUAGUUCGUUAUCAGAGAAUGAGAGUGCAAAAGGAAGUACUGAUUGCCUUCCUAAGUUCAAUUAUCAAGGUUCUUCCAGUAUUGUCCGCCUCAGUGAUGCAAGUAACAACAGUGAAGAUAAAAUAUCAGGAGAAAGCACAGAAAGCACGUCAGAGCUACUCUUAAUACCAUCUUUUGAGGAUAUAAAUGAAACAGGGGACAUUCAAAAUAGAUGCUUAAGGAAAAGGCAUAAAAGUGACAGUGAACCGAAUUUGCAACCACAAAUGACCUGGGGAAAUAGAAACCGCAAUCUUAGUGGCGGAGUAGUGAUGGGACUUAUGCUGAAUAGAAUUAACCACGAAGCAAACCCUGGGGAGAUGGUAGAAAAAUUAGGAGCUGAUGCAAAAAUUCUUUCAAAUGUGAUCACAAGAAACACAAGGCCAAGUAGUCUUGAUAUUGGAAAACCACCUUUAAGAUCAAAAAGAGAUAGCCUGGAAAAGGAAUCUAGUGACGAUGACACACCUUUUGAUGGCUCAAACUGUUUGGCAGACAAGGUGGAUUCUCCUGUUAUUUUUGACUUAGAAGACUUAGAUAAUGAAACAGAUGGACCAAAAGUGGGAUAUGCUGCUACACAAAAUUCCAAAAGGAUUCAGCGUGUGAAUAGCAGCUUUUCAGUAAAACCUUUUGAAAAAACUGAUGUUGCAACAGGAUUUGAUCCCCUCUCUCUUUUGGUUGCCGAGACUGAACAGCAGCAAAAAGAGGAGGAGGAAGAAGAUGAAGAUGAUAACAAAAGCAUUUCAACGCCAUCUGCUAGGCGGGAUUUAGCUGAAGAAAUUGUGAUGUAUAUGAAUAACAUGAGCAGUCCUUUGACAAGUCGCACACCAAGUGUUGAUUUACAGCGGGCAUGUGAUGAUAAAUUGGUCAAUAAGAAAAGUCCACCGUUGGUCAAGGCAUGCAGAAGGUCUAGCCUACCUCCUAAUUCUCCUAGACCAGCAAGACUUACCAAAUCUAAAAGCUAUACAAAAAGUGAGGACCGACCCAGGGAUAGACUUUGGUCUUCUCCAGCAUUCUCACCUACUUGCCCAUUUAGGGAAGAAUCUCAAAAUGCACUAACCCAUUCAUCACCUUCAUUUAACUUAGAUACACUACUCGUACCUAAACUAGAUGUUCUAAGGAACAGUAUGUUCACUGCUGGGAAAGGAGUUGCAGAAAAAGCAAGCAAAUGGUAUUCGAGAUUCACCAUGUAUACUACAUCAUCUAAGGAUCAAAGUUCUGAUCGUACCAGUCUUUCUUCAGUGGGAGCCCAGGACUCUGAAUCUACCUCUUUAACAGAUGAAGAUAUCUGUCAUGAGUUGGAAGGAGCUGCUUCUUCCCAGGAGAGCAAUGCCACUUCAGGAGCUAAGGGAGCUGACUUCAGCAGAACAAGCCUAGAAAGUUCUGCCUCUUUAGAAGGAUCCCUGUCAAAGUUUGCCUUACCUGGAAAAUCAGAAGUGGCAUCUUCCUGCAAUAUGAGUAAUACAAACAUCUUCCAGAAUUAUGCAAUGGAGGUUCUCAUCUCAAGUUGUUCUCGGUGUAAAACCUGUGAUUGUCUUGUCCAUGAUGAGGAAAUCAUGGCUGGCUGGACAGCAGAUGAUUCAAAUCUCAAUACUACAUGUCCCUUUUGUGGCAAUCUUUUCUUACCCUUUCUGAAUAUUGAAAUAAGAGAUUUAAGACGACCUGGGAGAUAUUUUUUGAAGUCAAGCCCAUCUUCAGAAAAUAUGCAUUUUCCAUCUUCCUUUUCAAGUCAGACAAGGCAACCUGGCAUCUCUGCAUCAGCGACUGGUCUUGACACAUCUGUCAUCUCUGUUCAGGGGAAUCUUGAUCUAAAUAGCAAAUCUAAACUGCUGGAAAAUUCAUGUGCCCGAAGUAUUCAGAUCCCUGCUGAUAGAUCAAAAACAACUAUAUCAAAAUGUCCAAUAUUUCCAAUGGCCAGGAGUGUUAGUACCUAUGGCCCUUUGGAUAAAGAAGACACUGGAAGACAGAAGCUCAUUCCCACAGGCAGCCUGCCCGCUACCUUACAAGGAGCUACAGAUUCUUUAGGAUUAGAAUGGCACCUCCCAAGUCCAGAUCCUAUCACCGUUCCAUAUCUUAGUCCUCUAGUAGUAUGGAAGGAACUUGAAAGCUUAUUGGAAAAUGAAGGUGACCAUGCAAUAACAGUGGCAGACUUUGUAGACCAUCAUCCAAUUGUCUUUUGGAACCUGGUGUGGUAUUUCAGACGUCUUGACUUGCCCAGUAACUUACCUGGAUUGAUUCUUUCUUCUGAGCAUUGUAACAAGUAUUCAAAGAUCCCUCGCCACUGUAUGUCUGAAGACAGUAAAUAUGUUUUAAUACAGAUGUUAUGGGACAAUAUGAAAUUACAUCAGGAUCCAGGGCAGCCCCUGUACAUCCUCUGGAAUGCCCACAGUCAAAAUCGUACUCUUUUGUUUGAGACCCAGAAGUACCCAAUGGUCCAUUUAUUACAAAAAGGUGAUAACUCAUUUAACCAGGACUUACUAAAAAAUAUGGUAAAAAGCAUUAAAAUGAAUGAUGUCUAUGGACCAAUGAGUCAAAUUUUAGAAACAUUAAACAAAUGUCCUCAUUUUAAACGACAGAGGAGUUUAUAUAGAGAAAUACUAUUUCUCUCACUUGUGGCAUUGGGAAGAGAAAACAUUGAUAUAGAUGUAUUUGAUAAGGAAUACAAGAUGGCUUACGAUCGUCUCACACCCAGUCAAGUCAAGAGUACACACAACUGUGACAGACCACCAAGUACAGGGGUGAUGGAAUGUCGAAAAACAUUUGGAGAACCUUAUCUUUAAGAUGUGUAUGUGUGUGUAUACUUUGAAUAUGUAUUGUAUAUUCGUUGUAUAAAGUAACACUUUUAGACUAAACUUUUUCUCUUCACUUUUUGAAAAUGCAUUUGUAAAUGGUUCAGAAAGUCCAGAUAACUCAUGUACAGACUGUUUAAGAAGAAAAUUGUGACAAAUAGGGAGGGAGCCACUUUGUUUCCCAUUUAUUUUUUUUUUAAUUAUUCUUCAACAAGUAAUUAAGUAUUUUUGUGAUGAGGAAAUCCCUAACAAAAAUUAGUUCCUAUAAAAUAAGGCAACUAUUUUAUGACUUUUCUUGGAAGAGACAGAUUUAAAAAUCAUAUAUGGAACCUAACCAAAUGUAAGAUCAAAGUAUCUCCUGUUUUCAUAGAUUAUUCGAAUGUUUUGACCAUGAAGUUGUAUUAUACAUAUUUUAAAUUGUUUAUAGUAAGUUGAUAUUUUUUUAAUUUUUAAACUUAAUAUAGCAAACUUCAAAUGAACUUAAGCAAUGAAAUGCUUAUUUUCCUUGUCUGCUGCUAGUUGAAGUAAUUAGUACAGCUGCAGAUCUCAAUAUGUAUAUCUAUAUUUUUUUUAUUACUUGGGAGGAUGACUAAGAAAUGUUAGUGCUAGUGUCAGUACUGUCCUAGGGUUGCGUGUUAGUGCCCAGUCUGGCUGCAGUGAGUGGUCCUGGCAAGGGCAGCCUGCGGAGAGUCCAUGCCUGCCAGUACAAAUCAGGUUCAGCAUACCAGGAUUCCAAAAUUUUCUCUAUUAAUAGAUACAGAGUACACAGGGAAAAUAGCUUACCAAGCCAAAUAUCAAUUUAAAUUUUAAUAUUCUACAUGAAAGCUUAUGCUGGGAAAUGUCAAAUCACUUAUCUCAAAUUUUACCUUUAUUUUAGUAACUAAAAUAUUGGGUAUAAUGCAAAUUGUAUUAUAAAAUAUUUAUCUAGAACAUGACCUACUGAAGUGUUCUGUCAAUAUUAUAUAUAUAUAAAUAUUCAACAUAUUUUUUGAAAAGUAGAAAAAGGACAACUCUGAAAGUACAGCCAGAUAGCAUUUCCCAUAUUGAGGAACUUGGCAUUUUCAAUAGCCUUCAGAAUCUGAAGUUUACAAAACCUAAAAACCCAGAAAUAUCUAAAAAUCAGAAAAUUGAUUGAAUGUUUAAGUACUGUGGAUAUUAAAUAGACUCUUAAAAAAUAUAUUUAGUCCCAUUCUUUCUAAUAACCACUUUCUCUGGUAAUUUCUGAUUAAAAAUAUCCUGUGGCUGUUAGUUUUAUCAAUUAUUAACAUGUGUGUGUUUAUGUUUGCACACAUUGGCAUUAAUGAAAGAAUUCUCUAGCCAAUUUCAAAGAAGACAGGAUGGUCCUAAAUUAGGUGCAUAAAGCCAGGAGAGUCUAUGCUACAUGGGCUGGAGGUAUCAGAGUUUUGAGACUUAGAAUCCAUUCAGCUACAGAAAACCCACAUUUUGAGUUCACACCAUUAGUGGUAGCAUCAUGCUGAACAUUUAACAGCUUUCUACUCUGGGAAAUAAUGGAGAGAAUUUUAAAAAUGUAAAAUUUUAGUUCAGUUAGUUUGGGACUAAACUUGCUUACUUGAAAAAUCUGGUGCUAUGCACAUAUAUCUGCCUCUUCUUUGUAAAUACCACUCUAACCUUACCCUUCUUUACUGUUCAGAUCCAGGCUUCACAUUGAUUGAGUCUUAAUGUUCUCUAAAUCAUUUGAAGUUGUCAAAUGAAAGAAACUCUUGAUAGAUAAUGCUUUUUCAUUGGUGACAAAUACUCCAAACAGGAUAUUCUGGGUUCUCUUUUCUUUUCUUUUUUUUUUUUGUGGUGGUGGUAGUGUUUGGCUUAUUUCCCACAUGAAAUCUGCUUUCAAGAUUGUUUUACUUUUCUGUAACACAGAAUAUGUAAAAAUCAUGGCAAGUUGAUUUCAAACAUCUGACCCCCCAAAAAUGAGGUAAAAUCCAUUCUUUAUGGUUCAAACUCAUUUGGAAAAGUGAAUGUAAUUUUUCUUUCUUUCCCUCCCCAUGGAAAGUUUUGCCUCUUUGUAUCUCCCUAUUUUUAAUCCCAAAGGAAUGUUAGAUGCACAAAUUCAGUUUCUAAAAAUAAAACCUAAAAUAUGAACAGAAACUAAUAAACCCUGCUCAAAAGAAAAUUAAAAUGUAGAGUACCCUUUAAAAUAACUCUAUACUAACUGCGCAGUUUCUCUCUGUUGAUCAUAAAUUUGGAGAAUCAUGGCCAAUUGUGUUGGAGAGAAAUUGCCUUUUGCUACAUUAUCUGUCUCUUAUUUCUUAUUCUUAAGUUUCACUUAUGUGUUCAAUAGUUGAAAAUAAACCAUGCUGUGUCCUGGCCUAACUUGCUUAUACUUCCUCCCAUGUCUUUUGAAUGUCACACCAUUUCUAUUUUAUAUCAAUUUCAGCAUUCAGUUUUUUUCCUCCUUUUGUCAAAGGUAAUUCUGCACCUUGUUCAUCUUCUGACUUUUUUCUUUUUUUCCUGAUUUUUUGGGAGGGAGUUUUUUACUUUAAAAUCCUAAAACCACCAGCUUACUUUCAGGUUUUCUAAAAUGCCUUUCAAUUUUUGUGUAUAAAGAAAUGGCCCCUAAAACUGUUGGCUUUAGCAUUUUAAGUGAUACUUAUUUUACUUUAUUUUGGUAUUUACUGUAAUACUUUAGCGCAACUAGCUUGCAGACUGUAGAAGUUAUAUUGUAUUUCUUGUAAAUAUAUGAUAAUAAAUACCCACUAGAAUUGGAAGGCUACUACUAGGGACUUUCUCACAGAGCAGGCUGCCUCUGGGAGCACCUCCAGUCUGCCCAUGUGCUAAAGUUAGCGUGUCCUGUCCCUUCCUGUUUGGAUACAAAACUAAGCUUUUUUUCAGAACUAAAUUCUCUAGUAGCUGCAUACCAUUUUAAUUUAACAUCCUCAGUACCUGUUAUCUUCUUCUUAUCCCAUCAUACUAUUAUUCUGGCUUCAAAGGAAGUACAUUUGCUGGCUUGAUUAAUUUUGUUUAUAGACUUUAGCAAUGCACAAAUUAAUGUGAGAAUUUUCUAUCUCUGAUUCAAAAAAUCUGUGUGCAUGUGCUUAUUUUCUUGAAGUGAUAACAAAUUCUCCUGAUAAAGCUGCUGCAGCCUUUCCACACUUGCUGUUCAUUUGGACUCCUCCCUCCUUUUGCACUGAUUUUCUUUUCAGAGUACAGUGAUAAAACUAUUGAUGCAGUUGGUGGAAUAUUUAUACAUGAAAUUGUCCAAGCUUCACCUGCUCAUCAAGUGAAGGGCCCAAGGACCAGACGUGUGCCUGUGGUUGUACAGGCCUCCCUCUGCCAGGCUGUAAUAACUUGCACAGGGAUGGACACAGGCACUCUUUGCACCUUUCUUAGCAACCUGUGCCCAAAGCACUUUGCAAGCUGUACCUAGUUGGGGAGCCACCCACCAAAAAGGCUCAGAACCAAGGGUAUUCUCAUAUAAAGCCAGCUAGUCCCUCAAAUAUAUCUACUAGACUAUACCCCAAAUACUAUUCUGAUUCUUUCCCCCCAUUGGUACUCAGUCUUUAAAUAAAUGAUCAUUAUAAUAUUGUGGUUAAAUAUGAUCGUUUAUGAUAGUGUCAUAAAAGGCCAAACUUAUAAAUUAAUUUUUAAAAGUUUAUUUUCAACCUAUUGAUGAGAGUACAAUAUAAUGUUCAGAAUUAGAGUAAACAUUUAAACACAGGCUAAUUUCCAAAAAUUUGGAGUUCAUCCCUUUUUUCUGGUUCUGUGUGGAAGCUUAACCAUUAGAUUAUGAAACGUUUCAAAAAUUUAGCCCAAAUCUAGAGCCAUCAAGGAAAUGCAACCUCAGGCGAAUGAAAGUUCUCUAUUCCAAUUCUAGAAGUCACUCUUUUCCAAUUCAGACCUCCACAUGGCGCAGAAAGACCCUGAGUGAAUGGCCUGGAAUUUGCACCAUGUAACUAUACAUAUCAGUUGCCUAUCAAAUAAAAGGACUCAUGAUUACCUUUACAGAAUACUUAUAAAUGUCUGAUAAAUUAUUUAAUUUCCAAGCACAACAAAUUCAUCUUUCAGAAGAUACAUAGUUUUCCACCUUACUGAAAUCUUUCUUCCCUCCUUUUCUCAGUGAAUUCCUAUUCAUCCAUUAAGAUCCAGCUUUCAUUUAGAUCCUUGAUCCUUUUUAUCAUAGUAUAAAAUGAUCAGGAUUUCUUUCUAGGCAGAGAAAUUCAGCAAACUGAUCAAGAAAAGAUUGUUAGAGCAUUAAAGUUUGUUUUAAUCUUAAAAUAGCUAUUAUCACUUUGUCAUUGCAUAGUGGUUCAAUACCAUCACUAGUCACUCACUCAUUUCAGGAAAGAGCAGCAGAUUCCGGGUUAUCAGUAAGGAGAUGACACCCCGAGGCUAGCUGGAAUUGGCUGCAGGUACAGGGCCGGCACCCAGAGUUUGCUAUUGGGAAUCACCCUUCCAUCAGCAUUGUUCUCUCCUCCUGUUCUUAGGUCAUGGCAUUUGGAUACCUAACCAAGUGAUACAAAGAUAGGAAUGAGCCCAACCAUGUUUGUAAAAUAAAAUACUAUUGAGACUCAGAAUUCAUUGAAAUUUAAUAAAAGCCAUUUCCAAGAAUAGGAAUUCUGGGGGAAUGAAGCCAUAAAUUAAACAGUUCAUCUCAAACGGUGGACUGUAGACUAAAGUACUUUGAACUCACUCAUCAAGACCAAAAUGUUAGAUUUCUUUUUUAUAUCACAUCUGUCCAUUUAUCUUCUAGUCUUCAGUGAAUCCGCUCUCGUGUUUGUUAAGUAAAGCUAUGUUUACCAUCAUAACCUGCAGUCAUCUGAGUUUCUUUUGUUCCAAAACCAGUACCAGCACAUACUC